AUGGCCCCCGUGAAAAACGGACAGCUCAUCUUCAACGAGAUUCCCGAAACCUACCCCAUACCCGGCAAAACCACAAAGUAUGUCGAGAAGGACAUCGACCUGGACACCGUCUCCCUGAACGGCGGCUUCCUCGUCAAGGUGCUCGCGCUGUCCUCCGACCCGUAUCUGCGAGGCCGCAUGCGCGAUCCGUCAGAGCCAUCCUACAUGCCGGCUUUCAAGCUUGGUGAACCGAUCGAAGCCCACGGCGUCGCCAAAGUCUUACGGUCUGAAAACCCGAAAUUCAAGGUGGGCGACCACGUUGUAGGGGUCAUGCCAUACGAGAAAUACACCAUCCUGAAGGAUGAGAGCGAGUUUAUGGUUGUUGACAACACUGAAAAGCUGAGCUGGACCACCUUCAUCGGCGCCGCUGGUAUGCCUGGCCAAACAGCUUAUUAUGGCUGGAAAGAACAUGCUGACGCCAAAAAGGGGGAGACCUGUUUUGUAAGCGCAGGUGCAGGAGCUGUCGGGUCGCUUGUCGUACAGUUUGCCAAGAUGGAUGGCUUAAAGGUCAUCGCCUCGGCCGGUUCGGAUGACAAGGUCGCCUACCUUAAAGAGAUCGGAGCGGAUGUCGCCUUCAAUUACAAGACCACAAGCACGGAAGAGGUCCUAAAGAAAGAAGGUCCCAUCCAAGUGUACUGGGAUAACGUUGGCGGACAGACGCUCCAGGCAGCAAUUGAUUAUGCAGACAUCGGCGCCCGUUUUGUCGAAUGCGGUAUGAUCUCUGGAUACAACGGAGAACAGAACCCACCCAAGAAUAUGAUGAUGAUCAUCGGCAAGUCGCUCAGGCUGUCCGGGUUCUUGGUCGGCCAUCUUCAUUAUAAGUACAAGGAGGAGUUUUAUCGCACGAUGCCAAAAUUACUAGCCAGCGGCAAGGUCAAGUUCAGAGAGGACAUCACAAAGGGCCUAGAAAACGGUGGAGAUGCGCUGCUUGCCGUGCAGAAGGGAACGAAUGUCGGAAAGGCGAUAAUUCUCGUUGCGGAUGAGUAG